AUGCUUCAUUUUCUCGUGUUUGUAUGUCUGCAGCUAAUCAGCAUUUCCGCAGCUAGUAUCAGAGGCAGGUUAGAUAUUGGCCUGAGCAAUAUCACGGGAGCGACAUUGUCCAGGACACAUUUCAGGUUAAACCAGAUCGGCAAUUAUUCGAAUGAGGUCGGUUACACAGCUACAUCGCAUCUAAAAAACACACUGGGAGAUUUCGAAUUUCAAGAUAUGCCGCUAAAUCAUGGCACUAAUGAAACAACAUAUUUCGUGCUUGCUCUAGGCUCACUUGAUUUCAACUUGAAACCGAACAGAAUUUUAUGUGAGUUCAUUAACAUCGACGAGAACGGUACAGAGUAUCAGUUCAAUGCAUACAAAAAUAUAUUUGGUAAGGAGUUUUUCCCGUCGCCAGAUAUCACCUUCCCGGAGAAAUUGGAAUCCGUUGAGACGGAGCCCUUCAUCCCUAUAAGUUUGGUAAAUCGGGCACCGCUCAGACUCUAUUACCAACAGCAAAAUAAGGGCUUAUUUACUGGAGGGCCAUUCGCAAGGUUACUUGAUACUACGUGGAAACAAGCAAUCGCCGUCACUUUUGUAGCAUUGUUGGCUUUGCCCGUCCUGCUGGAGAAAUUCGAUCCAGAGACUGCGCAAGCUAUCAAAGAAGAAAAGUUAAAGAAACAGCGGGAAAAGUAUCAAAUAGAAUAG